CGGAGUCUGGAAGGCCCUGGAGCGGCACCAGUCGACCGGCCUCGCCACAACUUGCCCAGACCAGACACGUUUCAUCCUGCACCCUGCAAGAAGGAGCCAGCCUGCCUCUCUGCGCUUUGCUGCUCCUCGGCCUCCGCGGGCCCGGCCCGCGUCAGCAGUGACCCUGGGGUCUGGGUCCCCUGUGUCGCCCCGCCCGCCUGCAGCGCCAGGCACCCGCCCAGGAGCGCGCAGCUGGGGUGCUAGGGAUAUAUACUUGAGCAAGAGAGACCACAGCUCUUGUUCCCGCUGAUCCUGCAGCCCAGUGGAUGGAGUCCAGAGUCUACAGAUCUGCCAGGAAAGAAAAAAAAUUCCUGAUGUCUGGUCCAAGCAGGAAUUCCCCAGUGGAUUGGGGAAUGACCGGCUUUUCCUCAGCUUAUUGAUCUCUGUGGUAACCACUGGAGGCCCCCAGAAGACCCAUGUAAAUGAGAGGCCUGAAGUCUACAAGUUGCUGCUAGAAAUAUUUUAGCCUCUCCAAAACCCAGAAUGCAGCCCCGACCCAAGUUUGUAAGGGCUCUGGGUGCACGCUGACCGCGCGCGGACGGACGCGCCGUUUGCUCCAGGUCCGGAUCUGGGCGCUGCCGUAGCAACGUCCUGGACGUCCAGACGUUAGGCCGCCCCCGCCGCGGAAGCAAGGAACCCGGCCUUCUCCCGCUCCUGAGGGCUGUGGCGGCGGCGGCCCAGGAGGCGGCCCAGGCUGGGUAGAGACCGCCCGGCUCCUCCUAUGCAAGCUGAGGCAGCGGAUUGGCUUUCAAGCAUGCCCUUCCAGAAGCAUGUCUACUACCCGCUCGCCAGCGGCCCAGAGGGGCCCGACGUCGCUGUGGCCGCCGCCGCCGCCGCGGGCGCAGCCUCCAUGGCCUGUGCGCCCCCCAGCGCGGCUUCGGGGCCCCUGCCCUUCUUCCAGUUCAGACCGCGGCUGGAGAGUGUGGACUGGCGGCGGCUGAGCGCCAUCGACGUGGACAAGGUGGCGGGGGCCGUGGACGUGCUGACGCUGCAGGAGAACAUCAUGAACAUCACCUUCUGCAAGCUGGGAGACGAGAAGUGCCCACACUGCCAGUCGGGGGUGGACCCGGUGCUGCUGAAGCUCAUCCGUCUGGCGCAGUUCACCAUCGAGUACUUGCUGCACUCACAAGAGUUCCUCACCUCGCAGCUGCACACCCUGGAGGAGCGGCUGAGCCUGAGCCACUGCGACGGCGAGCAGAGCAAGAAGCUGCUCACCAAGCAGGCGGGGGAGAUCAAGACGCUCAAGGAAGAGUGCAAACGCAGGAAGAAGAUGAUCUCCACCCAGCAGCUGAUGAUUGAGGCCAAAGCCAACCAGUGCCAUUUUUGUGACAAGGCCUUUAUGAACCAAGCUUUUCUACAAAGUCACAUUCAACGCCGCCACGCUGAAGAAAAUUCUCGUUUUGAGUAUCAGAAAAAUGCACAGAUUGAGAAGCUCCGGAGUGAGAUCGUCGUAUUGAAGGAAGAGCUGCAGCUCACCAGGUCUGAGCUAGAGGCUGCACACCAUGCCAGUGCGGUCAGAUUCUCCAAGGAAUAUGAAAUGCAGAAAGCAAAAGAGGAAGACUUUUUGAAGUUAUUUGGUAGGUGGAAAGAAGAAGAAAAGGAGAAACUAGUUGAUGAAAUGGAAAAAGUCAAGGAGAUGUUUAUGAAGGAAUUUAAAGAAUUAACUUCGAAGAAUUCAGCAUUAGAAUAUCAACUGUCAGAAAUCCAGAAGUCCAAUAUGCAGAUCAAGUCCAACAUAGGCACAUUAAAAGAUGCCCACGAGUUUAAAAAAGACCGUUCUCCAUAUCCCCAGGAUUUCCAUAAUGUCAUGCAGCUUCCUGAUAGUCAGGAAAGCAAAUGGACAGCUCGAGUUCAAGCUAUUCAUCAAGAACACAAGAAAGAGAAGGAUCGGCUCCUGUCACAUACAGAGAAACUUCCAACCUCAAUGAUAGAUGAACUAAAUGCAAGCAAUGUUUUCUACAAGAAAAGGAUAGAAGAGCUAGGGCAGAGACUCCAGGAGCAGAACGAGCUGAUUAUAACUCAGAGACAGCAGAUUAAAGACUUUACCUGUAAUCUAUUAAACAGUGUCAGUGAACCCAAAGGAAAUCCUUUAGCCUGGCAGGCUUUUGAAUCUCAGCCAGCUGCUCCAGCUGUGCCUAUGAAUGCCCCAGCCAUGCACACUUUGGAAACUAAAUCAAGUCUGCCAAUGGCGCAUGAACAGGCAUUCUCGUCGCACAUACUGGAACCAAUAGAAGAACUUUCAGAAGAAGAAAAAGGAAGGGAAAAUGAACAGAAAUUAAAUAACAAAAUGCAUUUAAGGAAAGCUUUGAAGAGUAACUCCUCCCUCACUAAGGGACUAAGAACAAUGGUGGAGCAGAACUUGAUGGAGAAACUGGAAACCUUGGGGAUUAAUGCAGAUAUACAUGGCAUUUCAAGUGAUCAAUUGCAUAGAGUACUAAAAAGUAUGGAAUCAGAAAGACAUAAGCAAGAAAGAGAAAUACCUAACUUUCAUCAAAUUCGAGAAUUCCUUGAACAUCAAGUCAGCUGUAAAAUUGAGGAGAAAGCACUACUCUCUUCAGAUAAGUGCAGUGUUUCUCAAAUGGAUACCCUUUCAACUAGAGAAGUACCCAAAAUGAUACAACUUCCUUCCAAAAACAGACAACUGAUUAGACAAAAAGCUGUUUCUACUGAUAGGACAUCUGUUCCAAAAAUUAAGAAAAAUAUCAUGGAAGAUCCUUUUCCCAGAAAGUCUUCAACUAUUACGACCCCUCCUUUUAGUUCAGAGGAGGAGCAGGAGGACGACGACCUCAUCCGGGCAUACACAUCCCCAGGCCCACUUCCUGUGCUGCCAUCGCAAAGCAAGGGCAGCUUCGGGAAGAACACAGUGAAAAGUGACGCGGACGAGACCGAGGGAAGCGAAAUCGAGGACACUGAUGAUUCUCCCAAGCCUGCAGGAGCCGCCAUUAAAACACCUACUGAAAAAGUUGAAAAGAUGUUUCCACAUCGCAAAAAUGUGAAUAAACCAGUCGGUGGAACUAAUGUUCCUGAGAUGUUUAUCAAAAAAGAAGAAUUACAAGAACUAAAGUGUGCGGAUGUGGAGGAUGAAGACUGGGACAUACCAUCCCUAGAGGAAGAGAUAUCUUUGGGAAAAAAAUCUGGGAAAGAACAGAAGGAAUCUCCACCUGUGAAAAAUGAACCGCAUUUUGCUCAUGUGCUAAAUGCCUGGGGCGCAUUUAAUCCUAAGGGGCCAAAGGGAGAAGGACUUCAAGAAAAUGAAUCAAGCACAUUAAAAAGCAGCUUAGUAACUGUGACUGAUUGGAGCGACACUUCAGAUGUCUAAUUCCACAUGUCAGGAGAUUCUUCCAGAAGCCAGCAGUAUUUCAGUAUCACAGUGUUUCAGUAACUUGCCUCCAUGAUUCCAGUGCUUCUGCCUUACCGUGCUUCCCACAGCAACACAGAGACUGAUUCAAAGAACAAUGGUCUCUUUAAUGGCACCUAAUACAGUAUUGAAAAUCAGAUCAUCAAUAGUAUUUCGAAGUAUAUAAAGGUGUUUAAGACCUCUGCUGCUGCUUAAAAAUAACAUGUCAUUGAAGUCAUAAAAAGUUUUUUCUUCAGAACGGUACGCUAGUGUUAAGUGUAUUUUUUUUUCAACUAAUUUUUAAGUGAAUUUUUUUUAAACUUACAGCAUGUUUUGGUUUGAAUUAUUAAAACUUUAAAAAAUAUUUUUCUUAUGUAUGCUGUCAUAUCAUAGGUGUUUAUAUUAUAAAAUUCUGUUAGUAGUCUUAAAAUUGAAUUGGUGGAACCACUAAUCCCUAAAAGUUAGUCUGGUUAUUUUUCAUAUAGAAGUAAGUUUAAUCCGAGUGUGGUGGUGUUCACCUUUAAUCCCAGCUACUUGGGAGGCUGAGGUGGGAGGAUCGCUUGAGUACAGGAGUUCAAGACCAGCGUGGGCAAUAUAGCAAGACUCCACCCCUCCACACCCCAAAAAAGUAAGUUUAGAAUUAGAAUAUAGCUAGGUCCACUGUUAAAUACGUUUUCCUGAAGUACAUUUGUCACAUUCAGCUUUGAGCCACUGUAAGCAUGUUACUAUUAAAUGGUUGGUUACUUUAUAUAGCGUAUUCUUUAUCUUGGAUAUUUUAUGAAUAAAGUAUAGUUAUUUUAAGUGCCAAUUAAUUUAUCAGACUAAAUAGAAAAUAUUUGAGUCAUUACUGAAUUCACAUAUGUAUUUUUUUUUUUACUAUUUAAAAUACCCAACAUGUAUUAUGAAAUACCUCAAAAGUAAUUUAGUUACAUUCUUAAACAAUGACAUUGUUGAAAGAAAGUUCAUACAAGCUGUUUUUUGCAUUUUUAUAACUUGGUGGUACUAUAUUCUGUUUCCAAGUAGCCUUUUAACUAAAAGAUUUGUUCAGUUUUAGAUCUCUUUUCAUUUGUCAACCUUUUCAGUAAAGCCCUCCGUUACA